AUGUUCUUCAGCUGCCGCGCCAAACAGCCCACGCCUCCGCCGCCCCGGCCGCACUGCGUCUACUCUGGCUGCGUCCAUAAGGUCUUGAAAUGCGAGGCACCGGCCAAAGCUAAGCGCAUUCUCUCCAUCUUUUGCAAAGAUCAUGCCUGCCGAUCGCGUACUGGUGAGAAGAUGUGUACAAACCCCAAACAGCCUGGUUUAUCCAAGUACUGCGAAGAUCACGGCCGCUGCCACCGUCAGGGCUGUACCAACCAGCGCAUCUUCGCCGAUGCAAACCAGGACUGGCCAUAUUGCCAAAGCCACACGUGCGCAACCUACGGAUGCCACAACAAGCGAGCCACCAACUCCCAGAUGUGCAGCUUCCACACGCCCAUUUGCCUCAUCCCCGCCUGCGGUCACCCGCGCGUCGGCGACGGCCUCUACUGCCCGAGUCAUAGCUGCACCGACAAGGACUGCAAUAGUGUCAUAGACGGCGGCAACUGGUGCAGAGAUCACCGGCUCUGCAAGACCGCGGGGUGUGACUCGCUGAGGGUGGUCUCGCCCGGUGGAACACACGAGGACGUUUGCUGGUUCCGUGAGUUUUCAUCCACCGGGCCCUGGGCCUAG